GACCGGGGCCCGGACAGGAGUUGCUGCUGGACAGUGCCUGGAUCGGAGCCUCCAUAUUCAGCACCUGCUGCAUAGCUGGACGGCAGGUGAGCACCGGGAAUAAUGGGGCAGAAUAAGUCUGUUCCUCGGAGAGAUGUGUAUCAGCAUUUAAAAUAUUUAAUUAAGUCAAGUCCAAAAUCCUUGCCUAAGCGAGAGCUCAAAGAGCUUUUUAAAUGGACUAUAACUCGUAUCCCAAAUGCUGACUCUGAAGCCUUCUAUACCAGAGACUUUUGGGAAUCUGUGGGGGUAAAAUUAUAUAAUGCUAUCUCUCGGCGCGACAAAACAGCAGCGGAACUUCUCCCCGCUUGCCGAGUCCUUGUGGAAAUCUUCGCCGCGAAUCCCCCGCCGCCGCGCCCCUCCCCCAGCCCCGUUCCACCCGCACCCUCGCAGCCGCGUCCCUCCGAGCGGGCCCGGCCGGCCUCUCCAGCCGCCAGGAGACGGGGGGAGGGGGAGAAGAAAAGAGCAACUGCCCAUGCAGUAGGAGAGGCAGACGAAACUAACGAUAUCUUGAAGAGAGAGGGGAAUUGCUUUACUCCAAAGCAAAUAAACCCCGAAAACCAACUAGAAAUGUUUCAAAAUAACGCCAGGGCUUGCCCCGGGAAUGAAGAUUUUUCAACCCAGAAAGAAAUACCAAGCCCCGGGAAUUCCCCGGCGCUGCUUCCUGGUUCGGAACAAUCCCCACAAGCAGCAGAUUUCCAGCAGCCCGGCAAUCCCAGAUCGGGGGUUCCCAUCUCCCGUCACAAAAAAGAACGGGUUUUACACAGGAGCAGCCUCCACAGCCCGGCACCUGUACCUGUGCGGCGGGGCCGGCGUGAGCUCCACGGCCAAGGUGCCCGGGAGCCGGCAGCGCCGCGGGGUCCGGCCCAGCCACCUCAGCCGCGGCUCGGGCUCCGUGACCCGCCGGGUGCUGCAGGUGAUCGAGGCACCCAGGGCGGUCGAAAAAGAUCAAGACGAGAGCCAGAAACUGACUCCGUAGGGGCAGCGAAAUCUGCAUCUCGUGGCCAAGCAGGUUGCCACCGGCACCAAGAACCACUGAGGGAGCCAAAAAAUCAUCCCCCAGAUCUGCUACUCCUGAAACUAGCAAGGCUUUGGAGAAA